AUGUCCGAGCUCAAUUCCCCAGAGGCCAUUUUGACUUGUAAAGAGUCUGUUCCGCUACUCACCCCUUAUGAAGAUUCAUUCUUUGGCCAACGUGGAUUCGCUCGGUGCAUUCCCUUGCAGCCCGAACAAUUUGGCCUUGUGACGUCCAUCUUCAGUAUUGGAGGUUUGCUUGGCUCAUUUUAUGUUGGCUCUAUUGCUGAUAGUAUCGGAAGACGGAAGACUGCCAUGCUUCACUGUUGCGUCUAUUUCCUCGGCUCUGCCCUCAAUGGACUCAGUAACUCAUACCACGCGUUGUUAGCUGGUAGAUUCAUUGCCGGAGUUGGUGCUGGAUCGGCUCUUGUUGUCACAUCGCUUGUGAUUAAUGAGAUCGCUCCGCCUCUGUACAAGGGAUUCUUGGGUUCAAUGAACCAAGUUUCUGUCAAUGUCGGUAUACUUUUUACACAAGUGCUAGCACUCAGAUGGAAUAAUGACAAUGAUUGGAGGUUUAUUUUAUUUAUGGCAGCUGCUAUUGCGCUUUUGAAUUUCUUCCUUGUCGUUAGCUACAUGGACGAAUCACCUAUGUGGUUGGUUAACAAUGGUAUGUCUGAUCAAGCCUUCACUGUGUUGCACAAAUUGAGAGGCGGAGAAUACGGUCUUGCUAGGAACGAGGUCAACAGUUGGAAGCAGGCUUCUGGCAUUGUCGAGGAGGAUGCUAACUUGCUCGCUGGCGAGGAGGAACAGAGACCCGUGACUAAUUCCGCCGUUUCGUUGGGUGAGUACAUGAAGUCGUCAGAGUACAGAAACUCGAAGGUUGUUGCGACAGGAAUCUUGGUGCUUCAGCAAUUCUGUGGUAUCAAUUCGAUCAUCUUCUAUGGAGUGUCCGUUUUGAUUUCAAUUUUCCCCACCAAAGCUGUCAUGAUCAAUUGCUUGAUCUCUCUUGUGAACGUUAUUGUGACAUUUGGCUCUGCACCUCUUGUUGACAAGUUGGGAAGAAAACCGCUUCUUAAGACUUCGGUCACCUUCAUGGGUAUCGCUGCCGCUUUACUUGGUUUCGGAAUCCAAACCACAAAUUCCUGGUUUUCCGUAGUGGGCACCUUCGUCUACAUUGCAUUCUUUGCAAUCGGAUUGGGACCCAUUCCCUUCUUGUUGGUCGGUGAGGUUACUCAGCCAAAGGCCAAGGCUCUGGCUCAAAGUUUUGGUGUCACCAUGAACUGGGUUGCUACGUUCGCUGUGGGAUACUUGUUCCCAGUGCUCAGAAACUCGUGGCUAGGAGGUGGUACUUACUACAUCUUCACAGCUAUGUGUGCUGUGACCUACAUUUUUGUCAAGAAUUUUGUGCCUGAGACGAAAGGCAAAAACACAUAUGAAGAGGUGUGGGGCAUUCCCAACCAGUUGCAGUAG